AUGGACAGCGUGGGGCACCUGAAGAUCGCCGACUUUGGCUUAGCACUGGAAAACAUGCGAGGAAGGAAAAAAGCCAAAGAACACGCUGGAACCCUGGGCUAUAUUGCGCCAGAGGUGAGACCAACACCAUGGCUUAUGUGCAUACAUUAAAUGGCUCUGCAGCAGUUAGGCUCGCUAUCCAUCCCAUGAGGAAUACAUUUCCAAAUGAAAUCAAGAAAUUACAAGUUAUUUUUAAUGUAGUUCCAGUACGUGACUGGCCUAAAGCUUCACAUCUGGGAGCACACGUGUUGUAGUGCACAUUCUGUGUGUAGUUGGGAUGACUAAAUGUAUACAACCAUCCCUUCUGAAUUCAACUAAACCAUUCACACAUUUACUCACCAAAAUAAAUAGAAGAUUAUAUGUAAACAGUUGUUUGGCGAGAGGUGGAUUUGGAUUCUCUGAGUGUGUGAAAUUCCUAAGAUAUGUUGGCAAACACUUUAGCAAGAAAGAUCCAACGCUUGGUGUUUUUUGUAAGAAAUAAACAAUUGAAUUUAGGGCUGGUGCAAGGCUUUUACGCAUUUUGCCUACACCUCCCCCCCAAAAAUGCAUCUUCGUCUGUGUGUUUCUUAAACCCCUCUUGAAUUUCCGUUUGUCUUUCUUAACCCAUCUUACACCUCUUUAUGUUCUUACACCCCCUUUAGUCUUAUUACCCAUUUUUCUACUUUUUAUGUCUUAUUUUCCCCUGAGCCCCUUUGUUUGUUUCUUAGUCCCACAGUCACUCUGUGUGCCAAUUCAUCACCCACAGUUCCUUUGUGUCUGUGUGUGUUUCUUUUUUCCAAGCCUGUUUUGUGUGUCUAUUUUCACCAUCCUCUCUGUGUCUCAUCCUCCCCUUAUCCAGUCCAUUUGUAUUUCUCCUUCUCCCCCCACAGCCCCUUUCGUAUACCUCUCUUCCAGCCCCUUUUGUGUUUCUUUCUCCACUUCCCCUGUGUAUGUGUCUCUUCCCUCCUUCACCUCCAUGUGUCUUUCUCCCCUUUUACAGACCCUGUGUCUGUCUCUUUUGCCUUUUCCCCAGCCCCUGUGUCUCUUUCUUUCCCCCACAGCCUGUUAUAUAUGUCUCUUACACCCCAGUUGUUUUGUGUUUCUCUUUCUCCUCUUCCCCAGCUCCUGUGUUUCUCUUCCUGCUUCCUUCUAGUUGAUAAUCUCGAAGAUUGCACCACCCAUGCCUGUGCACCCUAAGGCAGCCGCCUGUGCCGCCUUAUGGUUGCGCCAGCCCUUAUUGAAAGGUUUAGCUGACCUACAAGGUCCAAUACAAUCUGCAUAAAGGAGCACUGAUACAAAAUAUGUGCAGCAUAUUAUUUUUCUUUUCAAGAGUCAUUACAUGGUACAUAAUGUAAUAUCCAGAUUCCACAAAUAACUGUAUAUCUUAUCGAUUCUUAUCUUGAAAUAUUCACAGUACUAGUUUCUUAAAAUAAAUAUUGAUUUUUAUAUCUUUAGAUGCUUCUCGGACAACGUUACAAUGCUGCUGUGGACUGGUGGGCAUUUGGGGUAAUCCUGUAUACCAUGGCCACUGGAGAAUUCCCAUUUUAUUGUGGGAAUACUAGUGAAACCUUGGUGGCUUCAGUGCUUCAGGAUACUCUGAGCUACCCAGAGUGUCUAAGCACUGCAACACAGGAUAUCCUAAAAAAGGUAUGUAUGAUCAAAUUUUGUAAUAUGCAAAAAUAUUUUUCAUUUAUUUUCAAUUCUUAGAGAUUGCUUCCACAAUUCUCAUUGAAAAAGAAGCUCUUGAGUAUCAUUACUAUAAACACAGAUAUAUGGAAUUUGUAUCGCCCAACAUAUGGACAUGCAGUUCUAGCCGCAGGGUAGGCAUUUUUUCCCCUCCUUGUAGCCCUGCCAUUAA